GUACUACUCAAGCAAAGUAAGUUCGAAGUUAUUUGCGACUGUGCGGGCCGCGGCACGAGGCACGAGGCACCCCCGGUCCUUGGGGGCAGGCGAGCAAGAUGAACAGGCAGGCCAAAUUUACCACGAAUUGAUGAGCUCCGCGCCGGCGUGCCGGGCUGGGUCGGACUGGACUGAAUUGGAUCGAGUCGAAUUGAACGGAAUUGCGCCCAUUCCUUCGCAUCUCCGCUGGACAUUCGAGCGUUUCUUCAUCUGCGUCCCCCCCCUGCUCUGCUCCAUCAUACAGGUAGAUUAAUGACCUAGCAUACAGUACACAGUACCAAUCUACCAAUCUACCAACCUACCAACCUACCAACCUAGGUACUUAGGUAUCCAGGGCUUUAACCCCCCCCCAAGAGGGCAGAUCAUGUCAUUGCAACAUCGUAUCGGCCCGCCCAGCCAGCCCAGUCCCGGCCAGCCACUCCCAGCGAACUAAGAAAACCACCAUCCCCAUACCCCAUACCAACCUGGAGCUGGACACUUCACAUGCGGUCCCAGUGAUCUUGGUCCGCAUUCCGACAUCGCGAGACACACCUCCUUCUGUACAUAGUCGUCGCCCCUCGCCUUUGCCCUCGCCCCUGCCCUCGCCUCCCCCGUCUGCCAGUCCCAACCGCUGUCUUGUCGCCCACCCCCCACCGAAGACCGACAGCAGCGAGGUCCCGGGCCUCCUGAACCCCCCGACCUGCCGAACCAAAGAGCCCGCGGACCAAUUGCUACCUGAUGACUCGCCUGCUCGCGCCCAUCUAGAUCGCACAGUGUUUGCGCCCAAACGAGUCCUCCAUAUCCAACCAUGGAUGACCUUCAGAGAUCCGAAUACCCAGCAAUGCUGGCAAACUUGCAACCUGGACAGGCCGUGCAAGUCGUCAACGAUCGCCUGAAGCGCAUUGGAAAGGUCAACACCGAGAUAGCAGACUGGCUCCAGGAACGCCGGCGGCUCGAGGACCAAUAUGUUGCUGGGCUCAAGAAGCUGUUACUCUUCAAGGUUCCCAACGCCUCGUCCGACCUGGGCAUCUUCCAGCCUUCCUGGGACAAGAUCCUCCACUCUACCGACGCCAUCGCCGCCUCGCACCACCUGUUCGCCCAACGAAUCGAGAAGGAUGUCGAGCAGGACCUGCGCCAAUUCCAGAACCGCAAGGAGUUCCAGAACAUGACGACCAUGUUCGCGAAUCUGUCUGCCAUCGCAAAGGAGCUAGAAGACGCCAGGGAGAAGGCAGACAAGCUGACCAGGAAGGGCGGCAAGGCCAGCGCCCUCAAGGUCGACCAGGCAACCGCGAGACUCGAAUCGGCCACAGGACAGUGGGAGUCGCAGGCGCCCUUCAUCCUCGAAACAUUGCAGGCCCUCGACGAGCAGCGGUGCAACCAUCUCCGAGACGUCCUCACACAGCUCCAGACGCACGAGGUCGACCAGGCCGACAGGCUACGGGCUACAGCCAACGACGCCCUCACUACGAUUCUCGAGGCCGACACAUCGAAGGAGGUUGAAAACUUCGCAAAUAGGGCAACCGGCGGCCGAGUAAAGUUCGAAAGGAGGACAGGAUCUGGCUCCAUAGACCGGACGCCGACAGCGACAAGGCAAUCUUCCGUUGGCAACGUGCAGCCCCCCUCGACUGCAGACUCUAGUCUUGCUCCGCCGCAGACCGCAACGUCCUUCAAUGAUGACGAUCGGAGUGACCAUUCGACACCUGGGGCCGACAAGUCCGAAAACAAGCUACGGAGCCGGAUUGGGACAAUGCUUGGCCGACGAAGGCAGAGCGUCCAUGGAGGCUUUGGUCAACUUUCUCCAGGCAAGAAUGCCGGCCCUUUCAAUCGAGCAUCCAGCAGCCACGGCCGCCUGUCGCCACACACCUCUGCGAGCAACCUUGCUAUCUCGACUGGUAGGCUUGAUGCCUUGACAGAAGCACCUGAUACCCCCAGGCUGCCCAAGCCCGAGGCUACCGAAGAGGCAGCGGCUACUAAUGGGACACACGGCGAAGCUUCGGAACAGAAUGCACCGGCACGGACCCUGCCCACUGGCCUCAACGGGAUGACUGCCGAGGAAAUCUUCGAUGCGCCGCCACCGCCAGGCCCACCCCCAUCGCACUUCAACAAGGAAGGCGAACCCGCCAAGGACGAGGAGGGGUUCACGAUACCGACAGCAGCAAAUGACCCUAUUUCCCAGGCGCAGAGGGAUGCGGCAGAUGAGGCAGGAGAGGAGCACGAGCAGCUCUUCAAGCUCAACAUACAGAACAGCCCGAUCGCCGAGGAGGACCCCGACGAGACCAAGGCAGCUCAGCUGAGUGUUGCAAACACCCUCAGCACGAUGCAGAUGCCUGCGCGCAGGUCAGGCACCGUGCGCGGCCGGCGAGAUGUGCGAAACACAAUGUAUAUGCCCUCGCCUCCUACAUUGCCCGGGCCGGAAGCCGCUGCGUCCCUCUCGCCGGGCGAACCGACGCAAAACCUACCACCAUCUCCCGCAUUGCAGGGCGCAGGUAGUAGCAUGAGCUCGCGACCAUCAGCUAUACACACGCUGGCCAGUGAGGCCAGCGUGACCGGGACCAGCGACACGCAGUCAGUCAGGAGUGCGACUAGCCUAGGGGGGAUGGCACACGGCAAACACCCGGAGCUGACGGCCCCGGGCUUGAAUUCCAGUAUCGUUGAGACGGUGUCUGCGUCCUUCGAGGGCGGCGUCUUGAAGUCAGUCCGGAUCAAUGGGGAGAUCGCAUUUGCAUACAACGGAGACGGCACGAUCUCCGAUGCACGCGAAGCGAUACGUAUCAAUAACUUCCCUAGUCUGGAAGCUAUUGGCCCCAACCGAAUCUUCGUGUCCAGUACACCGUCGCCGGACGAAUUCACCCUCGACUUGUCGCAUAUCCCCAACAAAAUUGCUACACCAGGAUUCACGUACCGUGUUCACGCCGAAGAUCCCACCUCUUCCCACCUCGCGAGUCACUGUCCUCUUCUGAUCAACCCGGCCUGGAAACCGACUGGAGACAAGCUCGGUUUAUUGCUACAAUACAAGCUUAAUCCCGACUUCACGCCAAAUGCUGAAAAACCGGUGGUGCUUAAAGGCUUCACCAUUAUGGCCACCUAUACGAAUGCGCGCGCCAGCGGCGUCCAGACGAAACCCGCAGGCACGCACCUUAAGGACAAGCAUCUGGUUUAUUGGCGGCUGGGAGACGUUACUCUCCAGCCAGGUGCGGACUGGCAGAAGAUUGUCUGCCGGAUCAUCGGUGCAGAGAACGCGGAGCCCAAAGCUGGCAACAUCGAGGCCAGGUGGGAGUACAUCAGCUCCGGCACCGCUUGGGAGGAGGAAGAGGAUGAUGGCAGUCGACCCGGCGGCAUCUCGCUAAGCCGGAAGAGGGAGGACAAAGGAAAGGGGAAGGCGACGGCCGAGGACGAGAAGAGCGACAGCGAGGAUGACCCGUUCGCAGACGAGAGCGCAGCUGUGAGCCCGAGGACGAAGGACUCGAAAGUUAGCUGGCAGCUGGUGCCGACUGCGAGGAAGAUCGUGAGCGGGAAGUACGAGGCGAAAUAAGCAGGGGCGGUCUGGGCGAAAAUUAAAAGGUAAAAAGCAAUGUGCACGUGACGUGCUGAUAGGGCGAGCAUAUUGGCUUUCGACGAUAAUAGUCGCGAUUCGCAUACUGCAGGCGACGGCCGGGGGCAAAGUCCUCGGGGCGGAAAGAGAGACUACUGCAUUUGCGCGGUCUGAACGAUGUUUCUGGCGUGGACGGGUCUUUGAUAAGAGACGUGACGCUAUAUACCACCUCUUCGUACCUUUUCUGACACGUAAUUGUGUUUGGUAUAUCAAUCAAUCUACUUUGUAAACUGUA